GCGACACGCCGGAUCUGAGAUUCGCCGUGCAGUUGGACUGACCCGAUAAAUCCGCAACCCAACGUAUCCAUCAACCGCAGACACAUAGUUGCCAAGGACACGGCUUUCGAGUCACCAGUUCCCUUCAUGACUUCUACUGCGAGUCAGCAAAACCAAAACCCGGCGCAAACCCCCGCAGCUCCUGCAGCCGCUCCGUCGUAUGCUUCCGCCGCCGGUGCGAACAAGAAGCCGACAUCCUCGCCGCUGAUCGCGACGGGCUCGCAGCCGCCCGUGGUGGUUGGUUCCUCGACGCCCGCUUCUCAGAAUGGCAAACCUUCGGCUGCCACCCCGAUGAACAACAGGCCUAACAUCACCCCAGCAGUUCCAGUUACCACGCCGCCGGUUGCUCGUGGCAGCUCUGUCGUCAAUGGCGGUGCCGACCACGCUCGCAAGAGCUCCGUGACCAUCAGCGCGAACGCGCCGGCUGGCCACAUUGCCAACGGCGGCUCUGCCGGUGGCCCCAAGGGUAUCCAGUUUGGCUUCAACGAGUCGCCAGCCAUCGCUCACAGCACUCCUCAAAUGGGGGGCGCUGCGCCGAUUCCCAUCCCCGGAAGCGGCAAUCCCAGGAUCCCGUCGCCCGCUCAUUCGCCAUCGCCCAUUCCCCAAGUUCCCCAACAGAGCGGCGGUGGCCAGCGGGCUCCCUCGAUUCCUCCGGCACCAGUGACGUUCGGCAGUUUCCCGGGCGAUAACGACCGCCACAUGAAGCAGCACAACCCUGUCGCCAUGGGCCAGAGCCCCCACACCAGACGCGAUUCGCAGGCUUCUGCGCACGGCGACGGCGUCGGUCACGGCGGUCCGGCGCACGGUCGAGGCGGCUACCAGGGCCAAGGUCGCGGCCGCGGCAAUUUCAACCCACAAUACAACAACUCCAACAUGGGGUACCCCCCCAACAGGAACUUCUCGGGUCCCAAUGGCGGCCGGGGAGGCAUGCCUCCUUAUCACCAAGGCCGCGGCGGAAUGCAGCAGUUCCCGAAUUCGCCCCAACCGCCUCGUGCCAGCCCGGCAACGACCCCAGCGAUGCCACAUGUCACGCCCACGAUGCAACCUGCCGCCCUCGCUGCCGGCGCCCAGCCAUAUCACUACCCCGGCAUGAAUCCGGCAAUUCCUCCUUAUGCUCAUCAAAUGCAGAUGGGAGCCCCUUACGGUAUGCCGCCGCCGAUGGAUACCUAUCGCAUGAAUUACCAGUAUCCUCCGCAGCCGAUGAAUCAUUAUAUGCCACAGCCCUCACAGUUUGCCCCUGGUCCUCACCAGGCGUUUGUUCCUCCGUAUGGGCCCGGGCAGCCCGCUGCCCAACCGAUGUCUCGUAACGCUUCGCAGGUAUCGGACCGGCCGGCCUCGAGCACCGGUCAGGCUCAACAAGCGCCGGCUGCGGCUCAAGGUACCCCCCAGCAGCGGCCGGCUCAAGCGGCACCAGCCAUUGUGUCUUCGCCGGCCUUCUCUCGACCUAAAAAGAGUGCGGCGAUCGUUAUCAAGGAUUCGGAAGGUAAAGUCGUCGACCUGACUGCAGCUAUGAAGACUCCCGCCUCCCCGGCACCCGCCGUCCAACCAUCCAAGACGCCUCCUGCGAUCGUCUCUACCCCAACACCGCCGCCUAAAUCGUCAACGCCUUCCCAUGGUCGCACCGACAGUACUACUACCGGAAAGACGGCCGAAGAGGUUCGCACUGAAUUCAUGAACCUUGUGAGGAAGCAAGCCGACUCCGCGCCAUCUUCUGACGGGAAGCCCAAGGAGGACGAGGCCACCAAAUCCGCCGAGGGCAAGGCGGCGGCUGACAAGGCUGCUGGAGAGAAGGCCAAUGAAGAAAAGGCAGCUGCUGAGAAGGCAGCUGCUGAAGAUAAGGCCAAGGAGGACGCUCGCCUCGAGGAGGAGAAGAAAGCCGCCGAGGAGACAAAGGCAGCUGAGGAGGCCAAGGCCGCUGAGGAAGCGAAGGCUGCUGAGGAGGCAAAGGCCGCUGAGGAUGCCAGGGCUGCCGAGGAGGCAAAGGCGGCUGAGGAGGCAAAGGCCGCUCAGGAAGCCAAGGCUGCCGAAGAGGCGAAGGAGAAGGAGAAGGAGAAGGCCGAGGCUGACGCAAAGGCAAAGGCUGAUGCUGAAGCCGCCACCGAAUCCGCAAAGGCUUCAAAACCAAAGGCGGAGAAGUCUCCCGACGAAAUGGACGAGGAGGAGCUUGAGCGUAUCAUCCGGGAGAUGGAAGAGGAGGAUGCCCGUCGUGAAAGGGAACAGGAGGAGAUCUCCGCCAGGAAGAAGGCCCAGCAGGAGGAGGAGCAGAAGCGCGCCGAGGCUCUCAGGCUCCAGACCGCCGCCGAGAACGACAGGAAGCUCAGAGAGCAAGAGGCGGAGAUGGAGCGACUUGAGGAGGAACGUGAACGUCGCCGCAGAGAGGAAGAGGCCAAGGGUAACCAUGUGUCCGUGGCCGAGCUUUUGUCGAAGCCGAUGAGCGCGCUGAAGCUGUCCGACAAAGAACCGUCUGAGAAGACCGGUGCCGCCUCCGAUGCCACCACGGGCACGAAGACCGGGACCUCGGACAAAACCAAGAGCAAGCCCGCCGCCCUUAACCUGGCGCCCCUCAAGACGACGCCGGUUGAAGCUCCCCAGCCGAGUGCCGCACUCCAGUCUCUUCGCUCUGCUCGUUUCCUGCCGGGCGUCGAGCACAACAUCUACCCUCCGGGCAUCGCGUCACCCAACCCUGCGCUCAACGCGGCCGUUCAGAAGAAGGGGAAGAUCUUCAGGUACGAUGCUCAGUUCUUGCUCCAGUUCCAGCAUGUCUUCACCGAGCAGCCCUCGUUGGAGUUCCACCAGCAGGUCAAGGCGCUCAUCGGAGACUCGGACGGUUCCCGUUCUGCUUCGGCUCGCACCCCCGGUGCCGGCUCAGGGAGACAAGGCUCGCGUGCUGGUGCCUCUUCCGCAUUCCCGUCUGGAGGCGCCUUCGGCCAGUUCGGAGCAUCCAAGACUCUGCCUGCAGGUACCACUUCAGAGCAACGUUUCGCUAUGUCUCAGGGCAACGUGGGCAGGACUGCCACGGGCUCGAUAGGCGGCUUCAGCCGCGGAGGUGCUUUCCCCGGACAAAUGAGUCGGACGCCCUCUUCUAACGCUGCCGGCUUGCCUUCUCCUCGAACCGACAGUAGGCGCGGAGGUAGCAGGAAGUUUGGCAAUGCCAAGCAGAGUGAAGCCCAGGCUGCAAAGACUAUGCCUCUCACCCACGGCCAGGAGGUUAAGCCCAUCACAAUUUCGGCCACUGGCUGGAAACCUACCAGCAUUGGCAACAAGGCUGCUCAGAAUCCUACUGCCGUUCUCAAUAACGGUGGCCAUCUUGACCCCGAGAUGGUGCAACGUAAGGUCAAGGCUGCUCUGAACAAGAUGACUCCCGACAAUUUUGACAGGAUCUCGGACCAAAUUCUCACGAUUGCCGGGCAGUCCAAGAACGAGCCCGACGGCCGCACCCUGCGCCAAGUCAUCCAGCUCACCUUUGAGAAGGCAACUGACGAAGCUCAUUGGGCUUCCAUGUACGCCAAGUUUUGCAAGCGUAUGCUUGAGACCAUGAGCCCUGAGAUUCGUGAUGAGAGCAUCCUCGACAAGGCUGGCAAUGUCGUCAGUGGCGGCGCUUUGUUCCGCAAGUAUCUCCUGAACAGGUGCCAGGAGGAGUUUGAGCGUGGGUGGAAGGUCGACCUCCCGAAACCCAAGGAGGGCGCAGACAAGAAAGCCACCGAGGCGGCUCUGCUCUCAGACGAAUACUACAUUGCCGCUGCCGCCAAGCGACGUGGCCUGGGUCUUGUUCAGUUCAUCGGCGAGCUCUACAAGCUCGGUAUGCUCACUGAGCGCAUCAUGCACGAGUGCGUGCGCAAGCUGCUCGAGUUCACCGGUGUCCCCGAUGAGGCCGAGAUUGAGUCGCUCACAAAGCUCCUUCGGACGAUCGGUGGCAACCUGGAUAGCACCGAGAAGGGUCGUGCGUUCAUGGAGGCGUAUUUCAAUAGGAUCGAGAGCAUCAUCAACCUCGAGGGCUUGCCGAGUCGCCUCAAGUUCAUGCUCAUGGACGUCGUUGACCUGCGCAAGGCUGGCUGGGUCUCCAAGGAGGCUAACAAAGGCCCCAAGACCCUGGAGGAAGUUAGAGCAGAGGCUGAGGCUGCGGCUGCCCUCAAGGCAGCCGAGAGCGCUCGCAAUAGCCAGCGCGGUGCCCCUGGCGGCCGGCCCAUGGGAGGUCGGGGCGAGUCGAGGAACUUCUCGUACAACAAUGCGGCACCCAACCAUGUCGGCAUUGACGAUCUCCGGCGCCUCAAGGGAUCUUCAAGCCGUACCUCGAGCCAGAAUCCGUCCUUUGGCCCCACGUCGAUGUUCAACUCUCGGAGCAACAGCGGCCGCGCUCGCGUGGGUGGCCCUGGUGGUGCUUUCGGUCGUGCUGGCGAGGACUCUGGUGCGUCCUCGCGCACCGGGACGCCACCCGUCCGUGACCGUGACUCAGUCGCCCAUGCAAAUGCAUUCGGGUACGUUGGCCCCCUCACUUAGUCGAUUUCAGGAAGGACUUCUCUGACCACGACUAUAGACUUCUCGCUGAUACUGGAGACCACCCGGCCUCUCCUCCGUCGACCCACGCGUCACCGGCACUGCCA